UGGAGUUACGACUCAAACCCCGUGAUCGCUCAUUUUUAUAUAUACACGAGGGAGGGGAAAAGCGUUUCCAUAGAGAGAAAAAAUAUCACAGCCCUCUUAAUAACAAUAAAAGAAAAGAGAGGGUGCAGAAGUUGAGGGGAAGGCGCUGAUGUCUCUCUGCUCGGAGUGAGAGCCGCACGCAGCAGCCCCUUCCCAUCCCAGCACCGAGGACUGCCAGGCCACCAUCAUGCCCCACACCAAGCUGUUGCUCCUCCUCGCCCUCCUCUGUGCCACAGAAACCAGCAGGGCCUUCCGCCUCUACAACGCUGCCUCCAUUUUCAGCUGCCUCAACGCGGCCAUCACCGAGGCCCAGAAGAGCCUCCCAGAGGAAAACACCGUCUUGGACAAGCGUGGCUAUGACUACCAUCCAGCAGAGGAAGCAUCCGAGGAGGAGGAGGAGGCAGAGGAAGAGAGAGGGAAAAGGACAUUCCCAGGGGAAGGCCAUUACAAAUACACCUCCCAGGCGCAGGUGAAGGGGAAGACCUACCAAAACCGUGCCAAAAGCGACCGCCGCACCAAGGUCACCCUGUCCCUCGACGUCCCCACCAACAUCAUGAAUAUCCUCUUCAACAUCGCCAAAGCCAAAAACUUGCGGGCGAAGGCUGCUGCCAAUGCACACCUCAUGGCCCAAAUUGGGCGGCGGAAGUGAUGCUCGCGGGGCAGGGGUUGACUUGGAGCAGGGAUGGCCACACGGGGCCAACACCUGGCCCCAACCUGCUGGUUGGAGAGGACUGACAGCCGUGUAUGAUAUCAGUGUUGUAUAUUUUUGACCCAUAGAGCUACCUAACUUUCAUAUCUCUUCUUCCUCCUCCUUUCCUUCCCAAUCUCCCCUAUUCCUUCUCCUGGACAUUUCCAUGUGUGGGGAAGAGGGUGGUGUCCUCAGCAGGGCAGGGGGACAUGUUGUUUUGGAAAGGUCCCUAUUAAAGCUACAAUCUGUUGAGUUUCCAAUGCUUGGUUCUCCCAUCACCUCCAGCAGCUGCUCAUUCAGGUCCAUAGCCUUUGUAAAAGCUCCCUUUCCUACAACAGCCCUGGUCACGCUCUCACUCAAGUCUCCAAACACGAUUGUCCCCAUACACAGUCACAACUAUAUUGGGAAGGGAAAACCUUGAUUGGUAAGAGGAUCAUGCCCCAUACCUGCAGACAUUCAAGGUCAAGCUAGAGACGAUUCUGAGCAACCUGAUCCAGCUGUAGAUGUCCCUAUUCAUUGCCAGGGAAUUGGACUAGAUGACAUUUAAGGGUCCCUUCCAACUCAAAUGAUUCUCUGACUAUGAUCUCCAGAGAGAUUUCACAAUUUCUCCUACUGGGAAUGCUAGAUUUCAGGUUAUUUUGCAACUACUCUUUUCCCUGCCAAAACCUUCAUCCAAGAAACCAUCACCUUUCAUCCAAAUGAUCAUUUAUAAGCAACCACAGAAUGCAGCAUGGCUUUGCCUCUCUCUCACAGCUUAAGGUGAGUUUGGACCCCAAGAGUCAUGGAUCACUAACCAGCCACUCCAGACCCACCUGCAGGGCUGUCCGUGUUGUCCAUUCUACCCCCAUCCACAUCCCCACCAUCCAUGCAGAUCCAGAGGCUUCAUUUUCAAGGUAUAUUCCUGGCCAAACCAUCCCUGCUCACCCUGAUUCCCUUCACCCACUCUCCAUCAAGCCAGAGAUCAUCAAGCACCCGCUUUACUUUGGGCUAUAUAUCCCUUCCUCUCAAUCCCCUUCUCUCUUCACCUCACAGCCCAGUUCCAAGAUGAAACCCUCUCCUGACCUCCAUACCAGCACGUGGAGAGGAAACUGGGAGAUGGAGAGAAAUUUGGCCCUCUUCCUCCAGAAGAAAUUUACCAAGAGCAGCAAAACAGUUCCCACCAAUCCCAUCCAUGUCAUAGCUACAGGGAACACCAGGUGGGAUAUUACGGAGGACAGGUCUUUGGUUGAAGGGCUGGCAGAUAGAUCCACAAGCCAUUUGCAAGGACAUAGCUGGAGGCAAGACAGCUGAAUUCAUGCCCAGAGAGACCACGGCUGGGCAGCCAAGGGUCCUAGCUGACCCCCAGCCCAGGGCCUUAGAACUGGAAGUUGACCAAAAAGCAAAAAUCAAAUAAAUAUACCAAUCCUCCAGCAUCUUCCCCUCCUAACACACAUUUCCAACAGAAAACACACCAACGUGCCCACAGCAUCUCUGUGCAGUGACCCCCUCCUGCCUGCACCCUGGAGCUGAGGAUGGACCGGUGAGCUUAUUCUAUAGCAUUAGUCUAUACGGAUCUUUCCAUAAAAAUCUACAUAGCUUUAUGCAUUUUACAGCCCAGCAACCUACAUAUCCAUCCCCCACGAGUAUAUUGAGCUGUUCAGUGCUACACAGUGGUUGUGCCCAUUUUACAGCUGGAAAAUCGAGAGACGCUCACACACAUCUCACUGGACAAAGCAAGGUCAGAUAUGCUCUUGUCCCUUUGUAGAUUUGGCCAGAGAUGUCCCAAGGCUGUCCAGGCUGUCUUUCCAAAGCAUAGGGUUGUCUACAGGUGUCUACACGUGUAUGCCAGCACCAGACCAUGACUACAAGCUCAAAGCUGAGCCAGGGACAGCAGAUAGCAGCUGACGGCAAGUGAUGGGGAAAGCAGAGAUCCUCCCUCUUCAGCUGCAUCCCUGUGGGGGACUCACCCACAGCCAGCACCGGUUUGGACAAAUCUUUCCAAAAUUAAUCCUCCUUCUUAGCCUCUGCCAAGCGAGGCUGGAGGCUGGUCAGAGGGGCCAAGAGGGAGGCAAAGGUCAGAGGAGCCGGAUUUCCCAAGGAAGUGGGAUAGAAAUAGGAGCGCUGAAAUCUCCAUCAGCCACCACCUGGUUCUGGCAGCAACUGGAGCCAAGGCUUAGGAAGGACAGCACUGACUUUCAGACAGCGGUUUCCUAAAAGCGGGGUGAGGAUUCAGUCUUUCCUGCCACACUUUGUGCAGGGAUGGAACACAAUUUCAGGUAUUGCAUUCAAAAGGUAUUGAUUGCACUUUGCUGUGCAGUCAAGUGUGGGUCUACUCUGACCAUCAUAUCCUUCUGUUUUUACUGUCGGCUCCCUUUCAGCCUCUACAUAAUCCUUUCCCCCAGGCAUCCCCUGGCCUCCAGGACCCCCCUCACCCUCCUUCUCCUCCUCCACAUGCCAAUGCUCCUUUAUCAUAUAAAUGCAAACCAGAGAUAUUGCAGGGAUGUUGGCAAUUCCCCAAGGACAGUAGGUCCUGAAUUCCUUCCCGGAACCCCAUGCCCAUCUGGCUGAGGAAGGAAUUCAGGCAGUAUAAUGUAAUGAGCAUCGAGUAUCUGGCCAAAAAUACCCUCCUGCUGUAUGGGAAGGUGCCCGUGUUCACAUCUAUGAGGUCUUGGCUGGGGAAAAAAACAAGCUGAUUUCCAGUUGUGACCACAAAAGGUGUAUCCCAUGUAUCCCAUAUAUCCAGAAGAUAAAGUACCAGAAACACAGAACACCAGGGGCAUAGGGACCUUCUAUAGUGAUACAUCAGAAGCCACCACCGGCGUUUCCUUCCCUGCCCCUGAGAUGUCUCAUCUUGUUCUGAGAUGUCCUAUCCUACCUUUGAGAUGUCCCAUUUUGUUCCAGGUUGACCUCUCCUCCUCUUUGUAUGCCCUACCCUGCACUUGCAAUGCGCCAUCCCAUACAUGAGUUGUUCUGUUCCACUCCUCUAUGCCCUAUCCUGCCACUGGGAUGUCCUGUGCUAUUUUGAGCUGGGCCAGGAGGGGCUGUGACCAGGGACAGAGCCAACCCCAGCAGCCCACACGGAUCCCCUGCAUCACAUCUGGUGACAUGGGCAUGGAGCACAUCAGGUGCAAAAGUCAACCCCUCUCUCUUGAGAAGGAUGAGAAACUCCCUCACUCUUACCAAGAACCUACAACUUCAAGAACCUGUCCUCUUCCCUUGCUGCCAGUGCCACAUCCUGGCCACUCUUUGAGGAAAACCAGAGUUUUUUGGGAGACACAGAGCUGCUUAGCCUCCCCAUCACACCUCAUUUUCUGCUCUCCCCCUUUCAUAGGCCCCAACACCCAGGGGUGCACCCAGAAAGGGUGGUGAGAUGGGGGCUCACAAAAUCACAGUACUACAGGGUUUAGAAGGGACCUCUAAAGAUCAUUGAGUUCAACCCCCUGCUAAAGCAGAUUCCCUACAGUAGGUAACCCCACAGUUGGGUUGACCAAACUAUGUUCGGGGGACCAUACAAUAAGGUUUAGUAGCCUUCAUAGGGUCAGUCCCCACACCUUGGUGUACUUCACAUUUUAAAACUUGUGUUACUAGCCUCUGGA